CUCUGGAUGCAGUGUUCGCGUUAUGUCAGCACACAUUAUCAGCUUUUGGUAGAAACCAAAAGUGUUUCCCUCCCUAGCGCCAACUUUCAUUUGUCCGUCGAAGAAUGGUCUGCAGUUCGUUGCACGCAACGUCUUAGCACCUGAGUGUGACCAAUAAUACGAUAGAAAGGCAUCUUGUUCACUUUCUAUCGCCUCGCGUCGAAAGCAGCAGUCGUAUCCAAGAAACCACCAAAUCGCGUCUCCUAUCGUCGAGAGGGUGCGUCAACCCUCAUCAAACAUUCACGAGCAUCGACAAGUGACGCAGCACCGCUCCUUGACUCGCUCCUCAGUUUUCCGCCAGUUCCUCAACAUGUUGUGACCUAGACGGAGUGUUCUGGAAAUCGCGUCUUCGACAUGUCGGCGAGUGCGGAGGACUCUGGCUCGGCCAACAGCGACAAGCUCAAGAGGAUGUUCAGCUGGAGCAACAAUGCCCUAAGUGAAGGGUCAGCCAUGGGCGAAAGAGUCGAACCGGUGGUACCAGGCCCGGACUUGGUCGGCGUCAACGUGGAAAGGCCACCCCUAGUCCACCAACAGUCGACCGUCUGGAGCAAGCGACAACAAGCCGUCUGUGUAAGGCACGCCUUCAAGCAGUACGGCUCCAAGAAGAACCCCAACCAUGUUCUCAGCAACCUCAAUAUGACCGUCGCCAAAGGCACAAUAUACGGUCUUCUGGGAGCGUCAGGCUGUGGCAAAACCACCCUUUUGUCGUGCAUAGUGGGGCGGCGGAGGCUAAAUACAGGAGAAAUAUGGGUGUUGGGGGGCAAACCAGGAACCAAAGGCUCGGGAGUACCGGGGAAGAGAGUCGGCUACAUGCCGCAAGAAAUCGCUCUAUAUGGAGAGUUCUCCAUUAAAGAGACCAUGAUGUAUUUCGGCUGGAUUUUUGGCAUGGAGUCGGUCGAAAUCAACGAGAGGCUGCAGUUUCUUUUGAACUUUUUGGAUCUGCCGAGUCAGAAUCGUCUGGUUAAGAAUCUCAGUGGAGGACAACAGAGGAGGGUGUCUUUCGCCGUGGCGCUAAUGCACGAUCCCGAAUUGUUAAUCCUUGACGAACCCACAGUGGGUGUCGACCCCUUGUUGCGCCAGAGUAUUUGGAACCACCUGGUACAAAUCACGAAGGAUGGAAACAAAACUGUCAUCAUAACCACACAUUAUAUAGAAGAGGCUCGGCAAGCACAUGCUAUCGGCUUGAUGCGAAGCGGCAAAUUAUUAGCAGAAGAAUCUCCUGGCGUGUUGCUCUCUAUGUACGGCUGUCAGUCCUUAGAAGAAGUUUUUUUGAAACUAUCGCGGAAACAAGGGCAGGUUGGGGGUGCCCAACCCGAGGCCAACAUUAGCAAUAAUAUUAGUUUAGCAACGCUCAACUGGAACAAAAAAGACGCCAUUUCCGUCACCGAAGAAAGCGGAGUCGUCGGCUUAAAUUUCCACCAAAGCAAAGAGGUCCUCAUCGCGGACGGUACCAACGGACACAUCGACUUGGGUAAACCCUCGUCGUCGAAAAGCGGCAUCGCAGAAACCUGCAACGAUUGCACAGACUGUUCCAAUUUUACGUCUUGGGGAAAAAUUAAAGCCCUCCUCCAGAAAAACUUCUUAAGAAUGUGGCGAAACGUGGGAGUUAUGCUCUUCAUCUUCGCACUGCCAGUCAUGCAAGUGAUAUUGUUUUGUUUAGCGAUAGGGCGUGAUCCGACUGGACUAAAACUGGCCAUAGUCAAUCACGAAAAGAACUUCACCAAUCAGUCGUACCAAGAGUGUUCCUUUGACUAUGGAUGCAAGUUUUCGUAUCUUAGUUGUCGAUAUUUGCACAAUUUGAAAAACACGACGAUAGUCAAGGAGUACUACCCGGACGAAGAGGCGGCGAAGCUGGCCGUCAAGUCCGGGGACGCAUGGGGAGCUUUAUACUUCACGGAGAACUUCACGGACGCCUUGGUGGCUCGGAUGGCUCUUGGGAAGGAUGCGGAUAAUGAAACGCUAGACCAGAGCGAAGUCAGGGUGUGGCUCGACAUGUCAAAUCAGCAAAUCGGGAUAAUUCUUCAACGGGACCUCCAACUCUCAUACCAAGAGUUCGCCAAAGACCUUCUAGGAGCAUGUGAUCAAAACCCCGACCUGGCUGAAAUCCCGAUUUCGUUUAAAAAACCAAUCUACGGUUCCAGCAAGCCCUCUUUCACCGACUUCGUAGCUCCAGGAGUGAUUCUAACGAUCGUCUUCUUCUUGGCCGUCGCUCUCACCUCCUCCGCUCUAAUCAUCGAACGAAUGGAAGGCCUCCUAGAUCGUUCAUGGGUCGCCGGUGUCAGUCCCGGCGAGAUCCUCUUCAGCCACGUGGUCACUCAGUUCGUCGUCAUGUGCGGCCAAACCGCCUUGGUCCUCGUCUUCAUGAUCCUCGUGUUCGGGGUGCAGUGCAAAGGCGACAUCGGAUGGGUCAUCGUCCUCACGAUCCUGCAGGGUCUUUGCGGAAUGUGCUUCGGUUUUGUCAUUUCGGCCAUCUGCGAGCUCGAGCGCAACGCCAUCCAGCUGGCUCUCGGUAGUUUCUACCCCACGCUGCUGCUCAGCGGGGUGAUCUGGCCGAUCGAGGGCAUGCCCACGGUGCUGCGGUACGUCUCGACCUUUUUGCCCUUGACGCUGGCCACGACGGCCCUUCGGUCCAUGUUGACUAGGGGCUGGUCGGUGAUGGAGCCGGCCGUCUACUACGGAUUUCUAGCGACGAUUGUGUGGAUUGUUGCGUUCUUGACGAUAAGUUUACUAGUGCUCAAAUUUAAGAGAGGGUAGUGUCCGACGAGGUUCGAGAAUGUGCUCAUCUAAGUACCUAAGUUAAAUUUUGUCAAUAUUUAUUCGGUCUUUUGGAUACGUACUGUACAAAAGUAAUCAAUGAGAAGUUAUGAAAAGUGGUUAUAGUCAUUUUUUUAAUUUAUGUAAAAUAACUUGCCUUGUGUUUAACAUAAAUAUUAUGUUAUACGAUAGAUUAGGUUUUAUAUUCUUUUUUAUCUUUCGUGACUUGUGGACAAGUACUUAAUCACAGCUGAUGGCUUUAAUACUUACGAACAACGAGAGUUGUGAUGAUAGUUUUCAAUCCUAAAGGCAGUAGAGUCAUUCUUUACAAGUGCUCAAUGUUAAUUUUAUAUUGUUAUAAAUGGUAUUGUGAUGUAUGUUUGUUUAGUGAUAAUAAAAGAUAUCAGUAGUUAA